GGCUGCCUGUCGGUAGGAGUGGAGGGUCAUGUAUGAUUGAAAUAGCAGUAGAUAAUGGAACAGUGAAACGUCAGGAGGAAUCCUUGUUCCAGCCCGUGUCCGAGGUAGCGUUGGGGCCUAUAUUCCUGGGGGACGUCCCCUCCCAUAGGGAUCAGCCUGCCAGCACCAGGGAGGUGACGGGUUUUGUAGGCUGUAUCAGGGAGCUGCAGGUCAACAAUAAGGACAUCUACAUAGCAGGAGAGGCACUGGGAGGGAGGAACAUCCACAACUGUGACACACCUGUCUGUCAGCACCUGCCCUGCCGCAAUGGAGGCACCUGUGUCAGUGAUGCAGAGGACUGGUUCUGUGAGUGCCCUCCUCUCUACUCUGGUCGACUCUGCCAGUUCACAGCCUGUGAGUGGAGCCCCUGUGGUCACGGAGCCACCUGUAUCCCCAAGUCCCACCAGGAAGCUGUGUGUCUUUGCCCUUACGGAAGACAGGGCCUGCUGUGUGAUGAUGCCAUCAACAUCACCCGGGCCAGGUUCAGUGGGAAUGAUGAGUUUGGGUACACCUCGUUCAUAGCGUACUCCUCCAUCCCCAGUCUCAGUGUCUACUACGAGUUCCAACUGAAACUAACGUUCGCCGACAGAGCCUCAGCUCUGAAGGACAACCUCAUCCUCUUCUCUGGACAGAAAGGACAGGGCAUUGAUGGAGAUGACUUCCUAGUUCUGGGGGUUCGGAAUGGCAGAAUUGUUCACAAGUUCAACCUUGGAUCUGGUGUGGGAACCAUGGUCAGCGACCGGCUGAACCGUGAGAUCGAUAUCCACACUGUGAACUUUGGCAGAUCUAAGAGAACAGGAUGGUUAAAGGUGAUCCAUUGA